CGCAUCAGGCCCCCAUAACUCUUCCAACAUCCGCUGUUGCAACACAUCAACAGCGACCUCACCAUGAAAGGCAUUUGGAAGACAUCCCACGGUCGACAGGUGCUAAUUGCAAAUUGUGCUCAAGGUGUAGGCUCAACAGAACUCACAGUGAUAGCGAGCUUAAGGCCAUUGUGCUAGGAGCUGUGACAGAGCGACCGGGAAUGGCAGCCAUCGGCCCAUGAUGGUGUAGCCAUGUCCACUCUGUACCAUCAUCAUCACCACAGCCACAAGCAUGCGACGCAUGUGCCGGUCGCCCCUGUGCUCGAGCCGCCACCCCUCUUCGCGGUGGUAGCGAAGCACAUCUACCGCUUCUCAUUUAUCGAACUGGAUGCGGCAUCUUACCCGUUUCUGCGCUCGUUGCAGCUCAAGAAGGUCAUCUUGCUCAGCGCAGAGAGGCCAUCAAAGACCCUGACGACGUUCGUCGAGCAGGAAGGCAUUAACCUUACGCACUAUGGCUUGACAUCGGAGCGGGAUGACCACGAAAACGACAGCAAUGGAGCAAACACGCAGCAAAGUGGCGGUGAAGCUAGCCUCGAUCCACUAGACGGCUUCUUUGGGUCUGCGUCUGCUAUCUCGAAGAGCAUCAUUUCGGAGCACACCAUCAAGAAUGCGUUGCAGAACCUGCUCGACGUGCGGAAUCAUCCAAUUGCUAUCUGUGAUACGUCUGGGAUGCACGAGACUGGAGUCUUGGUGGGGUGCAUGAGAAAGAUGCAAAGCUGGAAUUUCGCCAGCAUCCUCGUUGAAUAUCGUUCCUUUGCUGGGAGCAAGAGCCGAGCACCCAACGAACGGUUCAUCGAAAUGUUCAAUAUAAGCACGCCUGACCUUCCCCCAGAGCGCCAUCGACCGUCGUGGCUUCAGCAUGCCAAGACAGAUCGUGCGAAUGGCAGAUAAUUGGGUUCAUUGUCGACAUUGUAGCAUACAACAGGUUCGAGAGAGAGAGAACUGCAUUCCCUCAGUUUUCAAUAUUUUGCGCAGCAUUCGUCUGAUACCCACCAGUGCCGAGCAACGGAGGCAUAUCGGCGUCGACGGCGCCAAAUGUUCUGCUGGGCUAAGAGCCGAGCUUAAACUCGAGCGCGCUACCUUGAAGGAAAACUCGGUUUGCCGAAUCCAGUUCCUCGUGAUCGGCUGGUUGUUGAGCGUGGUCGAUACGAUGUACUUGUCGGUCUUUGCGCCGCCGAAGCAAACGCAGUACGAACUCGACUGUAUUCAACACAAGGGAUACGGGGUAUCUAGUACGGGUACAGACGAGUAUAUGUACUAC